ACAUAACUUCAUACAAUUCCAAAAUUUUCUUCAAAACACUUUCCCAACUCACAAGUCACACCCUCCCAAAUAUAGUCUUACAUGAGUAAUUAAUAUUAAAAAUUCCCAUUUUAAAUAAAUUAAUCAUCAUUGUCUCUCCUACCAAACAUAACAUGUGAAUCCGUGAAAAUUCCAUCCAAUUAAAAUAAUUCAAAAACAAAAAAGCAAAACAAAAUCCCAAAAUUCCGACCUCUAUAAAAACCUCAAAAUACCAAAAAAACACAACUUUUUAUAUUACCAUAAACUAUUAUACUAUCACUACAACUUGAGUGUUCAAUGAAGAAGAAGAAUAAAAUGAAGAUUAAUAAAAUCCCUCAUUUAUUCUUCUUCUUAAUCUUAAAUUUGACUCUGUUUUCCUCUGUUUUUCAACAAAGUUUGGCACUUUAUCACCAUAAACCACAAAUUAAACAACAAAAACCUCGUCACCAAAAUCACCAUUCUAACAAAAAUGGCACCCAUUUAAAAGGAAGGCAACAAAUGGGUAGCUGCAAUUUGUUCCAAGGAAAAUGGGUUUUCAAUAUCAAUGCUGCUUCUUCUUCUUCUUCUUCUUCUUCUUCUUCUUCCCCUUUGUAUGAUAUCUCAACUUGCCCCUUUCUUAACCCGGAAUUCGAUUGCCUUAAAUAUGGUCGACCCGAUAAAUUGUUCCUUCAGUACUCUUGGGUUCCUGAUGGCUGCACUCUUCCCAGAUUUGACGGGGUGGAAUUUUUGACGAGUUUUAGAGGGAAGACGAUAAUGUUUGUGGGUGACUCACUGAGUUUGAAUCAAUGGAACUCGUUAACUUGUAUGGUUCAUGCGUCGGCGCCACAAGUUAAGUAUUCAGUGGGGAAGAAGGGCGUUGUUUACUCUGUCAAUUUUGAGGAAUACGGGGUGAGUGUGCAACUAUAUCACACAACUUACAUAGUAGACAUAAUUAAACAACCAAUUGGAAGGGUUCUGAAUUUGGGCUCUAUUGAAGGAGGCAGUUCUUGGAAAGACAUGGAUGUACUCAUCUUCAAUUCAUGGCAUUGGUGGCUUCACACUGGAGCUUCACAAGGAUGGGAUUAUAUGCAAGACGGGCCCAAAGUUUACAAGGAUAUGGACCGACUAACCGCCUUCGGCAAAGCGUUAACAACGUGGGCUAAAUGGGUUGAUGACAAUGUUGAUCCAACCAAAACCAGAGUGUUUUUCCAGGGCAUAUCUCCCACCCAUUACAAUCCCAGAGAAUGGCAUGGGGCCUCAAAGAGCUGUAGUGGGGAAGCAGAACCACUGUCAGGUUCAAUAUACCCAGCAGGCUCACCUCCAGCAGCAGACAUAGUGAGAAGAGUAAUCAGCACAAUGAAGAAACCAGCUUACCUGCUUGACAUUACAACAUUAUCACAACUAAGGAAAGAUGCUCAUCCUGAGACUUACAGUGGCGAUCACUCUGGCAUAGACUGCAGCCACUGGUGUCUCCCUGGAUUACCAGACACCUGGAAUGAACUUUUAUAUGCCGCUCUACUCAUGUGAAUUUCCACCUCACACUGAACAAAGUCUUUUUGUUCUUUCUUUAGAUUUCUAUUUUAAGUUUGUUAACUAUCAAAUCAUUAAGAUGGUAGAAAAGGUAAAGGGGGGAGGAAAUAGAAAGAAAAAAAGAUAUUGUUGAUGCUCCAUAAGAAAUAAGGAGUUCAUAGGUGUAUCUCGGUAAGAAAUUGAUUUUCCUAGAUUGAUAUGUUGCUCUCACAAAGGAUUAGUGACAAUAUUAUGUUCAUAUAGAUAUAUCAUGUAUGUUCCAAAGGUGCAAUACAGAAAAUAUCUCAUUUGAUUCCCA